UAUUUUCUUGCGAAAGCAAAGCAUGAAUUUUAUGAAUUGCUCUCUAUCCUGUGUCCAGUGUUUCGUGUAACGUUGUACAAAAUGUAUGGCUGAGCUAGUCGGUUUCGAGUGCCCUUUUUCGUUACGAGGGCCGUUCGUGUGCCGCAGGAUUCGUCGGAGGAACUGGGUGUGAAUCAUACGGUCGCCAGUGAAGUGAAACCAAACUGUUAUGUGGAUGCCUAAAUAGAUAAAUGAAUCGGCGUGAUAUUCGAAAAUGAAAUUCGUUACCGAAUUCAAGCUUUGGUCAGCUUCAAAACGACACAGUCAGCGGAACCUACGGAAACCGAAUUUGUGUAAAAAUUCAUCUCGUAGCGGCAAAGGCAAAGCAGUUUUUGGUGAAGCUUUCAUCGUUGUCCCCGAAUUUUUCAAGCAAAAAUGAUUGUGCAUACCUUCGCAUGAAAGCAUUCCAGUUUCUCUCAUAUAAACAUUUUCUAAACCCGUUACAUGGACUGUGCGUUUUCGUGUUUCUGUGAUAUUAUGAAUUUUGUAAUAACUGUAGUGGAGUGGUGCUUAAGAACCAUUUGGUAGAAAUAUUGUGCAAGCGUAAAAGGUGUUAGUGAUAUUUCCCAUUUGAAUGUCGCGACUGGUAAUCGGAUUAAGACACCGUCUGUCAUUACCAUGUUGUACAUCGACAGGUGCAUAAAUGUAGUGUGAAUUCUGGAAUAAACAGUGGUGGCCAUCAUGGAGGGCGAUGUGAUCUGCCUGGACUCGGACGAUGAAGGAGAAAAUGAACCGGAAAACCGCACCUCUGGGAAGGUGGAGAUUUGCAGCAGAGCCAUUGUUGAAGAGCAGCUUUUGCGUCCCCUUCAGGCGCUCUCGUUGAAGCUGUACUACGAGAGCGAUUCGAGUGGCUCGGCGGGCGGUGUAAAGGACCAUCCUCUGUACCAUCCGGAUCGGGCGACCAUAGACGAGAGCCAGUGUACGGCCGUGGUGAAGCGAGUUGCCGAACUGGUGCAGAGAUUCAGCCGACGAAGGUUUAGCAACAGUGCCCACGAUGUGGCCCAGCAGCGGAACGCAUGGAAGCAUGUAUUGAAAUUUUUGUUCUUGCUCCGAGCAAUCGGUCCAGGGUCGGUGAUUUACGGCACCGGAAUGGAUUCUACCGCUGGACAGCCCCGGGAGCUUCCGCCCGAGAUGCGGAGAUAUCGGCUGACAGUGAUGGAUAUUCUGGUUGAUUACAUCCGUCACAAAUGCUCCACGUUGGCCGCGGAACGAAAUCCGGUGGUGCUGCUGGCGGAAUGCAACCAGAUCGUGAGCAGCUUGCGCGUCAUUUUCGAUGGCGACAGCGAGUUCGUCACCCUAACUCUACUCAAGACGGAUUUGGUGGCCGGCAGUGGGGCUGUCGCCCUUAUGUAUCCCGUCUUCGAGCAGGUCCUCACUCGACCGGUCUGUCGUGCGUCGUCGUCGUCGGAUGCACCGUUGGAGAUCAUCGACUACGUGCGGCUGCUGCUGUGUUACAAGAAGUGGAAAGCUAUGGUUCCGGCUCGACGAGACAAGGAUGCUAUCAACGCGCUGGCAAUUAAGAUACUGCCGGCAUGCUGUCCAGGGGUGAAACUGAAGCGGGACCUCCCGUUCGUGCGGAUGUUGCCUCGGUUCAGCGCUGCAAUCCAGGAUGACGAGACCAGGUUCCUGUUGGCGAAGGAUCUGAUGGAAAUUGAGCAACUUUGUGCAAUUUAUUCCCGCGAGUACGAGAAACGCUACCGCUUACAGAGCGACCCGAAACUGUCUGCGUCCGAAAUCAGAAGCAAUUUCACCAACAUCGAUGCGCUGGCGGAGUUUAUUCAGCGAAAAUGUAAUCUGCUGCGGGACAUAUCACGGCUUUCACUGUCAUCAACAUCCAAUCCUACCCCCAAUGCAGGGCAACCAACAAACAAAUGCCACCAACAGUAUCAGCGCCAGCAGCUGCGUCACGAAUCGAAUUCCAUCAUCAGUAGCUUGCGAUUGAUAUUCCGAUGCGACGCGGAGUUCAUAUCAUGGACCCUGCUGCGAGUGGAAACGCGUCCCGAGUGUCAAGCGAUUCUCGGUCCAGUUUACGAGCAAUUCCUGGCCAGCCCUCCCCUGUCAGCACCCAGUGUCGAAUCCUACGGGAGGUUACUGCUGUGCUACAUCAAGUGGAAGCAACUGUACCAUGGCGAUGAUCCAGGUGGACACUGGGAUCGUAUCGAUCGGAUAGCCCUUGCCGCGCUUCCGUAUGACUUUCCGCGAACGGUCAAGCAGAAGGAACUCGCUCUCAAAGGAUUGUUUCCCAAAGUGGCGAUGACCGAGUACCGUAGGACUAAGAAACCGACGAAGGACAGCGUGACCAGAGCACUACUGGAGUCCAGGCAGCUGUGGGAUAGCAUUCAGGACAUAUGCUUGAAAUUCCUGGCAAUUUGCCGCGAAGAACAAACCAAUCGCGUGAAAGCUAUUCCGGUCGCCAAAACAUGGAACGACGAUGACGUGCUAAUCGUCAAAACCGAAUCGAAUUCAAUCAUCGUUUUGGAUAGUGACGAUGACGAACUGUGUUUACCUGAUUGUACUGACUCAAAAAUUAUACGCUCAAACUCAAUGGUUGUGAACAACGGGAGAGGAAAACCCAUCUCUGGAACAUUGCAACAAAUCGAUCUAUCGUCAAUUAACACAUAUUGCUAUUUGUCGCCACCAAUUCCAGAGGAGGAAAAAUCCGAACUGAAACAAGAACUAUCCGCUGGCGUUCGCAAAGUACGAGUUCGAAAAAAGUUGUCCACACAAGGUGUGCGGUUUAAAAUAUCCAAAAAUCUGCGACUCAGAGCCAAUCGUGAACGAAGAGAAUUCCUGAUCGCAUUUAAAAAAUUGUGUUCUGAUGAACGGUUGCGUUCCCAUGUACAACUGUGCACGAAACAGGAUGACUAUUGUUUGCUCAAAACAAUGUUCAAUUCAACUAUAUUCAUUGAAGUUAUCUGUUUGGGAGACAUUCACCCCAAUGCCACAAUUUUCCUAACCGUUGAUAGGAACGACCUUGUUAUGUUCAACAAUCGAUCCUUCACAAGAUCCCCGUCCAUAAAACUGGAAGAACCAAUACUGCAGCAAAGCAGCAACGAACAAGACACAGACAAGCAACGUAUCCUCGAUAACAAACUGCUCGAUCUAAUAACGGACCUAGAUGACAUCCCAGCAUUGUGGCCGGCAUCACUAGAUUUCGCCGUUUUUCCCGAGGUUCAAAACCAGGAUUCGUUCGAUAUACUUACCAACUAUCAGACGCCUCCAUCAGCAGUGGUGGACAGCUACUCGCUGUGGCAAAGCGAUAUUUUCCCGAUAUUUGCUAAUCUAGACUACAACCCGUGGCUAGACAAUGAAAUUGUGUCAUUACCGAAGCUGAUUUAAAACAGCGAGAGAAAAAGAAAACAAUUCGCAAUAGCAAUAGUACUUUGAGAUAGAAUGUAAGUUGGUUCACUCGGAAUGAGCAAAUGCAGCACUGUCAGUACAAGUCAGUACAAUCAGUUAAUCGCCUAGGUUAUACUGAACUUAAAUACCAAAGGUUGGAAACUCUAAACUGCUAGACUUAAGGAAGAUUAUUUUUCAUUAGAUUAUUGUAGAAUAAGCAUUCAGGUAGAAUAUGAAUAUUAGCCUAGGUGAAAACAAUUCAAAAUGAACCAGUUCAAUGAAACAUAAGCACAAAACUUCUAGAUAGUUAAAGAGAGCUUCGGCCUACUCUUAGGCAGCAAUAAUUGCGAUAAAUGUGAUGUUGCUAGUUAUUUCCGCGGAAGCAAAAUUGAUUCCCCGCAUUCACUCUUACGGUUAAUCACUUGCACAAGCAACAUCGAAAACAGUUGAGGAUAGUAAACAAGACGUAAUUGAGUGUCUAAGGUUUAUAUUUAUCGCACAACAAUGGUGUGUAUUUCUGUCACUAGGUUAGGAAUCACCAAAUCGAGCUUUGAUGUUGAAAUAAAUGAUAGCGCUUCGCAGACUUUCUGAUGUGGCGAUAAUUUGAAUUGCAAUGGUACUAACCUGA